CUAUGUCUCGAACUUGGGUCAGUCCUGGCGUAGCCUACCUCGCACGAGGCUUGCUUUCCGUUGUUGUUCCGGCUGCUUCCUCCGUCAUUAUCGUGGUUCGCCUGGCCUCUCUAAAAGGCAUCCGAGUUUCUCCAUGGCUUGUAUCUGCGGUGGUUUUGGGUGCAGCGCCUUUUGGAUUCGCAGCUUAUGUUUUUGCGGAUGGAAUAUUGCAACAACGAAAGGCCAAUAGACUCGGUGCCAGACUUGUUCCUCGUAUCCAGGGAAAAUUGCCUGGAAAUUUGGACAAGGUAGUGAAGAUGGUCUUGAGGAAUGAGAAUGAAUACCUAGGACAAUCUAUAGAGGACGAGAUCAAGGUGCUUGGACCGACUAUCAAUUUUCGUUUCUUUUGGGAGGACCUCAUCAUGACUACGGAGCCACAACACAUUAAGACUAUUCUCGCAACUGACUUUGAUAACUAUGUUAAAGGUGCCAAGUUCAGAGAAGCAGCUGACUCUGUUCUUGGAACGGGCGUAUUCAAUUCAGAUGGUGAAAUCUGGAAGCUUCACCGAACCAUGACACGGCCUUUCUUCACUCAUGAUCGGAUAAGUCACUUUGAGAUCUUUGACCGUCAUGCGGAUCAUGCUAUCGCUUUGGCGAAGGAACGUUUCAGAGCGGGCUUAGCAAUUGACUUCCAAGAUCUCAUAUCCAGAUUUACGCUUGACUCUGCAUCGGAGUUCCUAUUCGGACACUGUAUCAAUUCACUUUUCGCUGGACUCCCUUACCCCAAUAACGCAACAAAAACUACAAAUGCCGUUCAAGGAGACAAUGCCGCCGCAGCCUUCGCAUAUGCUUUCUCUCAAGCUCAACAGGGAAUAAAUCGGCGUGUUUCUAUCGGGCAGACCUGGCCACUCAAUGAGAUUCUUGCUGACAGUACCGCGCAACACAUGAAAGUGGUAAACGCAUUUUUAGAUCCGAUCCUCAAAGACGCUCUGGAGAAAAAACAAACCUCGGCUGUUGAAUUUGACAAAAAUGAGCUCGCAGAUGAUCAAACACUUGUGGAUCAUCUUGUAAAUUUGACGUCAGACUUCAAAAUUAUCAAAGACGAGACAUUGAAUAUCUUACUGGCCGGAAGAGAUACGACGGCCUCAACAUUAACAUCAGCUAUUUAUUUGUUGGCAAUGUAUCCAGAGUUCCUCAUUCGCCUCAGGGAAGAAAUCAUAUCGAAGGUUGGGCUAACUCGUAGACCCACAUAUGAUGAAAUCAAAGAGAUGAAAUUUCUCAGAGCUGUUCUCAAUGAAACACUGCGCCUUUUUCCUGCUGUCCCUUUUGAUGUGAGGGAAAACAUACGUGACACCACAUUGACAUCCCCCGAACAUGGAAAGAAGCCACUGUUCAUCCCACGGGGUACCAUGAUCAGCUAUUCAGUGCUCCUCAUGCACCGAAGAACUGAUUUAUGGGGACCAGAUGCAUUGGAAUUCGAUCCGGAUAGAUGGCUCGACGAGCGCGUCAAGAAAUACCUGGUUCCCAAUCCCUUCAUUUUCCUGCCAUUUAACGCGGGCCCCAGAAUUUGCUUAGGACAACAAUUUGCAUACAACGAAAUGUCGUUCAUGAUCAUUCGUUUGCUGCAAAACUUUUCCAACAUUACACUAUCUCCCGAACCUGCGAUGCGCCCACCUGCUUGGUGGGCUGAAAAAGGUGGUCGGCAGGCUAUCGAACAAUUCAGGCCGAGAAACCAUUUGACGCUUUAUGCCAUGGGUGGUAUGUGGGUUAAGAUGGAAGCUGUAGAUGACGUCGAAGUCAUGGACUAAUUAUGAACUUUGUGCUAUGGGACAAUACUGCAGGGUUAUUCAUAUUUUGCUGUUUAUUUUGUUAUUAUUGCCAUUGUCAUUGACUAUAAACAUACGCUAUGAUCCGUGGAUCAAACUCGGAGACACAGAAACGCUUGGCAGGUACUCCGCAGCUGAACGCGAUCUGUGGUGAUCACGGGUCUUGCAGACUCUAAGCGCUGGAUGGUCACUUGUACCGCUAUUUGUGCUCUCCAUUUUCACGUCCUAACAACAAUUAGGCCCUGCAGUGAAGAUUGAGUAAGUGUCGUCCGAUACUCCCGAAUUGUUGCGUAACCUAAGUGGAUCGUUCUAUACCUGCCCAUAGUUUCCCCCGGUGGAUCAGGAAGGGUCAAGAUGUGACGACAUGGUGUGCUGAGUGGGCGAUGGUGCAUUGAGCUCUGAAUCGGCUGCGCAAGAUACAUAAGAUUCACUGAAAGGAUCCCAUCAGCGUAU